AUGAAAAUUGGAUUUAUUGGCGCCGGUAAGAUGGCUCAGGCACUUGCCAGAGGAUUGAUCAAUUCAGGUCGAAUCACUGCUGACAACAUCAUCGCCAGCUCCCCAAAACGCGACGAGUUUUUCCUGGACCAAUGCAAGGCCAUGGGCCUAAACACGACCCACGAAAACGCGGAAGUUGUUCAAAAAAGUGAUGUGAUCUUCCUCGCAGUGAAGCCAGCUCACGUGAGCAAGGUGGCAUCUGAAAUCGCUCCAGCUCUAAGCAAAGAACACCUUGUCGUUUCUAUUGCCCUUGGUAUCACUCUCAGAAAUAUUGAAUCGCUCCUCCCAACCAAAUCCAGAGUGGUCCGCGUUAUGCCCAACACUCCAUCUGUCGUCCGCGCCGGAGCUUCUGCCUUUGCCAUGGGAUCUGCCUGCCGGGAUGGUGAUGCUGAAACUGUUGAACGACUUUUGAGCACCGUUGGAUUUGCAGUAGAAGUCCCAGAAAUCCAUAUUGAUCCUGUAACUGGCCUUUCUGGAUCAGGACCUAGCUAUAUGUUUGCUGUGAUUGAAGGUCUUGCUGAUGGAGGAGUUAAAGUUGGACUUCCACGUGAUCUUGCCCUCAAGCUAGCUGCUUAUACACUUCUGGGAGCUGCUAAGAUGGUUUUGGAGACUGGAGUUCACCCAGCCCAACUGAAAGAUGACGUUCAAUCUCCAGCCGGUUCUUCGGUAUACGGAAUGCACAAAUUGGAAACUGGAGGGCUCAAGGGUAUCCUCAUGGAUGCUGUCGAGGCGGCUACAAACCGGUCGAAAGCCACUGGAGACAAGGCGCUGCCAAGAGACUUCCGAAAUACCGAGAUGUGA